AUGAAAAUAAACAGUUACGAUCUUGUGAUCCUUCAUGCAGGACCUGUGAGAAAUCUGCUAAAGUGUGUACUUCAUGCCCAGAAGGAAAUUUUCUUAUCCACGACACGUGUGUCUCUCAGUGCCCUCAACAAACUUUUGCCGAUGUUGAAAGUGGAAAGUGCGAGAUGUGCAUGGACAGUUGCGAGGUGUGCUCCGACCUCUGGCACUGCCAGAAGUGUCAGGUUGAACAAGACCAGCCCUUCUUUCUCCACAAAGGCAGAUGCUUACAGGAAUGCCCUGAGGGAUACUUUAAUGAUUCUGGGACUUGCAAGGAAUGCAGUGAAUCCUGUAAGACAUGCAUGGGAAAUGCCACCAAAUGCCAGUCCUGUAAAAGUCCUUUGCUUCUGGAGCAGUGGGAAUGUAAACCUACCUGUUCAGAGAGACAUUUUGCCUUUGAUGGAAUCUGUAAACACUGCCCUGAAAUGUGUCAGGAGUGUAUUCACAGUGAAACAUGCAAAGAAUGCAUGGAUGAGUUCCUCCUGCACAAAGGGAAUUGUGUGGAGGACUGCCCUUCCCGCUUCUAUGCUGAAGACAAACACUGCUUUCCCUGCCAUAAAGACUGCAAGGAUUGUGAUGGACCAGACUCAGAUGACUGUACUGAGUGUGCCAUCAGCUACUUUGUCCUCUACGGUGGCAUGUGUUUUGAAAAUUGUCCCGAAGGGACUUAUUAUGAAAAAGAGACAGAAGAUUGUCAAGCAUGCAAUAGGACAUGCCAGACUUGUUCGUCUUCUACUGCCUGCCUUACUUGCAGAAAUGGCCUGACCCUGAGCCACAACGGGCACUGUGUGGCAUCUGGAUACUGUUCUCGUACUGAGUACUAUGACCAGAAAACUCAGACCUGCAAGCUUUGUCAUAAGAAAUGCUUUCGUUGCUCAGGACCAACUGAACACCAGUGUCUUGGCUGUGCAAAUAACCGCUAUCUUCUCA